AUGCACGCAAUCGAAGUGGAGCUGUCGCCGGGCAGCGCGGUGAAAUGCAUCUCUGCCUGCGUCGAACACCGUGCUUCUGACGCGGAGCAGGACACGGAUCGACUCUCUCGCGAUCAGUACUACUACAACUAUGCUAACCCCCCAAUCACUUUUCCCAAAUCCCUCGGCGCAUCAGCUGCCUCUCCAAUGGCACCGGCGAGCACAAGGAUGGGUGGCCUGCAUGAGGCGGACGCAUCCCCUCUUUCUUCCCGACUGCUGUUAGAGAUGGAGGUGGACACAAUCCUGCGUGGAGACCACAGCAGUGAGAGAUGCAGCAGCCCAACGAGAAGUUGCCACGACAGCAUCUGUUGCAACAGCGUCGUGCAGCAGACAGGUCUGCGCGCUGGCAUCGUGGAGCGGCGCGGGGCCAAGGCCAACUCUUCGAAAGUGCUUUCCGCCACCGAGCUCAUCGGAGAGAGCACCACUCCGUGGCGCGACUCUUCCGAAAAUGCCAGUCAGACAGGCCUGGGCUGCACGCUCUCGCUGCGACCCCCUCCCCCAUUGUCAUACGUAACAUCGCGCAAUGGCACGCGUACAGAAACACAUGCGUCUGCACGUGUCGCCUCACUGUCUGCUGCAGUUCCUGCGCCACCUGCAUCCUCCACGAAGCCCGGGGACGCCAGGGUAGGACCUCCCCUGGUGUCGACUGCUCCUCAGCAGCCUUGCCUGCCCCGCGGACGGCGUACCGCGAUGCAAGAGAGCAUCGCUCGCUUCCUGACCGCGGAGGAGGCGACGGCCUCAGGUGCUAGCAGGGCUGCAUGCUCACCAUGCACGAGUAGCUCGCCAGUUCGUGAGGCCUCCGCGGCUACGGUCGCCUCCAGCGCGUCCUCACCAUUGCCGCGCACUCCAACGGGGAAAGAGAACAAAGAAAAGCACUGCACGGCCCGCUCGCCGCACAAGACGGCAGCGACUGUCAACCUGCGCCCGCGUAAUGCCCUCUUCGCACCCCUUUCGGUGAAUCAAACUCGCGCCUCCGCUUCCACAUCGCAAGUCUCAAAGAGGACCGUCUCCGCUUCCUUUGCCGCUAGGGGCGCAGCUGGCGUUGGCAGUGGCCAACGGGACGGGCGCGGCACCCUCAUGGCUACGCGCGACGUCAUUCGAAAGACUGAAGCGGCACGAUUAUCGUCGCCCUUAGCGGAGCCGGCACGAGCAAUAGUCGCCUCUCGGCUUUCUUACACGGAUCCAAAGACGUUGGCGUCCCGUGACACCGCCACGACUAUGUUGGCUGAAGGACCCCUCGACGCGGUGGAGGCGCACAUCUUUAGUGAAGCUGUGGUGACGGUGACCUGCGCUGCGUGCCAGCUAUCAAUCGACGUCUUUGCCCUUCGCCUUGCUGGCACUGAGCUGCCCGAAGUCUGUUACUGCCCUCUCUGUGGGGGCCCGUGCACAUGGACGGCGUGCUUUGAGACUGUGUAG